UUUUAUGUUUGCUUUCAUUGAUCGUGUGCUCUAGUUGCUUGCCUUCUUCGAUCCUUCCUUUGUUUUGCUUGCACUUCAAAAAUAUGCAGUGUCACACAAUGUAUAAACUCCUUAAUACCACCAUAUAUAAUUAUAUAUUAAAGUGUUUGGCUCAUUCCCUUUCGUCAGUAGUACUUACUCCAUCUUUUUCCUCUAUUUCCCACCACCUUAAUUUCCUCUCUCUCAUUAUUAUUCGGCAAUGAUGCUAAAAUAUUCUUUAGGAAUUGCUGUACGGCACUUUGCUCUCAUUCUCUUGGUUUUGGGUCUUGUUGGCGCUGAGGACCCUUACAGGUUCUUCAACUGGAAUAUCACUUAUGGCGAUAUUUAUCCUCUCGGUGUCCGUCAAAGGGGAAUUCUUAUAAACGGUCAAUUUCCGGGUCCGGAAAUUUACUCGGUUACCAACGACAACCUCAUUAUCAAUGUCUUUAACAGCUUGCCAGAGCCUUUCCUUAUAUCAUGGAAUGGGGUACAAAAUAGGAAAAAUUCUUACCAAGAUGGAGUUUAUGGAACAACAUGCCCCAUCCCACCAGGCAAGAACUUCACCUACAAACUACAGAUGAAAGAUCAAAUUGGAAGCUUUUUCUACUAUCCUUCUCUUGCCUUCCACAAGGCUGCUGGUGGAUUUGGAGGCAUUAGAAUACUCAGCAGACCUAGAAUUCCUGUCCCUUUUCCUGAUCCAGCUGGGGAUUACACUAUCCUCAUUGGAGAUUGGUACAAGACUGACAACCAGAGAUUGAAGGCCAUUCUAGAUGGUGGUCGCAGGCUUCCUAACCCAGAUGGACUUCUAAUCAAUGGCCGUGGACCCAACAGCACUACAACUUUCACAUUUGAACCGGGUAAAACAUACAGGCUUAGGAUAUCAAAUGUUGGGCUCCAAAAUUCGCUCAACUUCAGGAUUCAAGGACACAACAUGACGCUGGUCGAAGUUGAGGGGACCCACUCUGUCCAGACCAACUAUUCGUCCCUUGAUAUCCACGUGGGCCAAUCAUAUUCCGUGCUGGUCACAGCUGACAAGGCCCCACAGGACUAUUACAUUGUGGUGUCAACCCGCUUCACCAACCAGGUCCAAACCACCACGGCCAUCCUUCACUACAGCAACUCAGCCCGUCAAGUUUCUGGCCCAAUUCCUGGUGGGCCCACUAUCGAGGUUGAUUGGUCUCUGAAUCAAGCUCGUUCUAUUAGAACUAACUUAACAGCAAGUGGACCAAGGCCAAACCCACAAGGCUCAUACCAUUAUGGUCAGAUAAACAUUUCAAGGACCAUAGUAUUAGAGAGCUCAGCAGCUCAAGUUAAUGGCACGCAAAGAUAUGGCCUUAACGGUGUGUCUUUUGUCCCCGCUGACACGCCCCUUAAGCUCGCAGAUAACUUCAAGAUUGGAGGAGUCUUUAGAGUUGGAAGUAUAUCAGAUAACCCCACUGGCAAACAGAUGUAUCUUGACACAUCAGUCUUGGGUGCUGAUUACAGGGCUUUUAUUGAGAUUGUUUUUCAGAAUCACGAGAACAUUAUCCAGAGCUAUCACUUUAAUGGAUACAGUUUCUGGGUUCUCGGAAUGGACGGAGGAAAAUGGACGCCAGCUAGUAGAAACCAAUACAAUCUUGCAGAUGCAAUCUCUCGAAGCACUACUCAGCUAACUCUAAAUAUUUUCUACUGA